AUGUCCCAAAACGGCUUAACAACAUCGACGAAAUCACCCUUAAAACUAACCCCUUUAAUAAAUUGCAAACGACAAGAUUAUCUCUAUUGGGAAGAUUAUUUUAUGGCCACUGCGGUGCUCUCGUCACAGCGCAGUAAAGAUCCAGUGACGCAGGUGGGAGCGGUUAUCGUUAACGAAGAUAAUAGGAUUGUGGCCAUUGGCUAUAACGGGUUCCCCAGCCGUUGUGAAGAUGAUGAAUUCCCCUGGUAUAAAGCAUCGGAAAUUGAAGAAUUGCUCGAAGAGGAUCAACAACUUGAUCCUAUGCAGGAUAAAAAAAUGUUUGUCGUCCAUGCCGAGGCUAAUGCAAUAUUAAAUAAAAAUUGUGCCAAUUUGAAGGGUACGCGGAUUUUUACCACCCUUUUUCCCUGCAACGAAUGUGCGAAGUUAAUAGUACAAUCGGGUAUUACCAAGGUGUAUUAUAUAUCUGACAAGUAUGCUGAUAAGCCAAUAUAUCGUGCAUCGAGGUUAAUGUUUGCCAAGGCGAGUAUAGAAUGUGUACGCUAUGUGCCGAGGCAAAAGAAAAUUGUUAUCGAUUUUGAAAGGAUUUUGGAUGAGGAUGCAGCCGCAGCAAAGACACAGCGUUUGUCACAAGAAAUUGCAAAUAUUAAAUUGUAA